CGGCAAACUGACAGCGAACACAACGUUGCCCGUACCCCCGCUCGAAUCAUAUAAAAGGGGUGAGCUCUCUGCAAGGAUCCUCAGCACCAACAUGUCUGCCCCCGAAACCGCUACCAAAUUCUCUUCUGCUGAAACCUCCUCCGUCGCUGGUGGACAACUCGUCGGACGCUCCAACAAGGGCGCCGUCGCACCCAAGGAAGCGUUGAAGCUCCGUUUAGACCUGAACCUCGAGGUGGAGAUCGCCAUCCAGGCCAAGGUCAACGGCGACAUCACCCUCUCCCUCCUCGUCAUGGUGCUGACCGUUCUAUUUUCAUAUUUAGUGGUAUUCAAUGCUUGGUACAUACGAAAUAUCAGGGUUUUUAAGGUUUAUACAGCGAGAUAUAUACUCACGCCCAAAUGA